GUCAACGCCUGCCUCGAGGCGGCAGCGGCGGCCAAGGCUCCGGUGAUGAUUCAGUUCUCGUCGGGCGGCGCUCAGUUUUAUGCGGGCAAGGGCCUCGACAACACCGACUUUGACGCGGCCGUCGCUGGGGCGGUGUCUGGCGCUCACCACGUGCGCACGCUCGCCGCCAAAUACGGCGUGCCGGUGAUCCUGCACACAGACCACUGCGCCAAGAAGCUCCUCCCUUGGGUGGACGGGAUGCUGGCCGAGUCGGAAGCGCACUACGCCGCGCACGGCGAGCCGCUCUUCUCGUCUCACAUGCUCGACCUGUCCGAGGAGCCUCUCGAGGAGAACAUCGCCAUCUGCGUCGAGUACAUGCAGCGGAUGGCCAAGCUCGACAUGCUGCUCGAGAUGGAGCUUGGCAUCACGGGCGGCGAGGAGGACGGGGUGGACAACGAGAAUGCGAACCCGGAGGACCUCUACACCAAGCCCGAGGAGGUGUGGAUGGUCCAAAAGGCGCUGCAGGCGGUGCCCAACGCAAAGUUCACCAUCGCCGCCGCCUUUGGCAACGUGCACGGCGUCUACGCGCCCGGCAACGUCAAGCUCGACCCGAAGAUUCUGCGAAAUUCGCAAGAGUACAUCUCGCAGCAGCUCGGCCUCGGCGCGGGCGCGAAGCCCUGCUCCUUUGUCUUCCACGGUGGUUCGGGCUCCGACAUCAACGACAUCAAGGAGGCGAUCUCGUACGGCGUGAUCAAGAUGAACAUCGACACCGACACGCAGUGGGCGUACUGGGACGGGAUCCGGUCCUACUCGGAGGAGAACCGCGCCUACCUGCAGAGCCAGAUCGGCAACCCCGAGGGCCACGACAAGCCAAACAAGAAGUUCUACGACCCGCGCAUGCCGGUGCGGUCCGCCGAAGAGACCACGGUCGCACGGCUCGGCCAGUGCUUCUCGGACCUCAACUGCGUCGACGUCUUCUAACCGACGGACGCGGGAGCUGCUUGGUGCGGCGGCGGGAUAUGCCGGCUUGGUCGCCUCGUGUGUGCACACGCGCGUACACGCUUAGUACGCGCGACACAUCAGAGGUGCCCCUGUGGCGCCCGUGCGCUGUGGCCUGUGAGCCGCGCGACCCUUGUACACAUGCACAUCACAUGCACAAUCCAGAUACGUACCGAUUGUCCUGAGGACCCCACUAUCCU